CCCCCCUUCCUUCCUUCCUUCCUUCCCUCCCGGUGUCGAGAGCUGAGAGGAAGUGGAGAGGCGAGCACUGUGGUGGCGGUUUAGAUUGCGUGAACAAGGAUUAUUUGUAAUGGCAGAAGCCAAAAUGGAAAACCGGAAAUGGUUCAUUAGGAUUUUUGUGUGAUCACAUUGCGCACUGGGCAUAGCCUUGACUGAUCCCUUUUGUGGAAGAACUGCACCUUAAGAGUUUAAUUGGUUGGAAAACAAAAGGCUCAAGCAUUAUUUGGAGAUUGGUUUUGCUUCAAGACUUUUACAUUUUGGAUUUUCAAACUUUCACGUGCACCAUGAGUAAACAACCCACUGUGAGUUUCCGCCCGAGGGAUUCCACAGGAGAGAGAAACCAUGAUGCAGGGAUCACCUGUACACUUAAAGAGCUGCGUGAGCUUAUGGAACUGCGUUCAAUAGAUGCUGUCGAGACAAUACGAGAACGUUAUGGAGAUGCCGAAGGGCUGUGUUCACAAUUGAAAACUUCAACCGUGGAAGGUUUAUCUGGAAACCCAGCAGAUAUUGAGAGAAGGAAAGAACUUUUUGGAGCAAAUGUAAUACCUCCCAAAAAACCAAAAACUUUUCUUCAGUUAGUCUGGGAAGCGCUACAAGAUGUAACCUUAAUUAUUUUAGAAGUUGCAGCUGUAAUAUCUUUAGGCCUUUCUUUCUAUCGACCUCCAGGAGGAGGUGGGGAAUUGUGUGGUGUACACGAAUCUGGGGAAGAACAUCAAGGAGACACUGGCUGGAUUGAAGGAGUUGCUAUCCUUGUUUCAGUUGUUUGUGUAGUAUUAGUUACAGCAUUCAAUGACUGGAGUAAAGAAAAGCAAUUCAGAGGUCUACAAACACGAAUUGAACAAGAGCAAAAAUUCAUCGUGAUAAGAGCGGGUCAGAUUAUCCAGAUUCCUGUUGCGGAUUUGGUGGUUGGUGACAUUGCACAAAUUAAAUAUGGUGACCUCUUACCUACUGAUGGUGUACUUAUUCAAGGAAAUGACUUAAGAAUUGAUGAAAGUUCACUAACUGGGGAGUCAGAUCAUGUGAAGAAGAAUUUACGUACAGAUCCACUAUUGUUGGCAGGUACCCAUGUAAUGGAAGGUUCUGGAAGAAUUGUCGUCACAGCUGUUGGUAUAAACUCUCAAAGUGGAAUAAUCUUAUCCUUAUUGGGAGUUGGGGAAGAUGAAUCCCUCAGUACAAAAGAUGUAACUGCAGAAAAUCGAAACAAAGCUAAAGCGCAGGAUGGAGCAGCAAUGGAGAUGCAGCCUCUGAAAAGUGAAGAAGGGAUUGAUGAGGAGAAAAUUAAGAAGAAACACUUAGCAAAGAAAGAGAAAUCUGUACUUCAAGGAAAGCUGACCAAAUUAGCAGUACAGAUUGGAAAAGCAGGCUUGUUGAUGUCUGCCAUUACAGUUGUCAUUCUUGUAAUGUUCUUUGUGGUCGAUACAUUUUGGAUUAAGAAACUUCCCUGGCUGGCUGAAUGUACACCAAUUUACAUCCAGUUCAUAGUUAAAUUCUUCAUUAUUGGUGUCACUGUCCUGGUGGUGGCAGUGCCGGAAGGUCUUCCACUUGCUGUUACAAUUUCUUUGGCUUAUUCUGUGAAGAAAAUGAUGAAAGAUAACAACUUAGUCAGACAUCUGGAUGCCUGUGAAACGAUGGGUAACGCAACAGCUAUAUGUUCAGAUAAAACUGGUACCCUAACGCUGAACAGAAUGGCUGUGGUUCAAGCAUUCUUUUGUGACGAGCACUACAAGCAAAUUCCCGUUGCAGACAGUUUCCCUGAACGUUCUAUAGACCUACUUAUUACAGCAAUAUCUGUAAAUUGUGCUUACACUACCAAAAUAAUGCCUCCUGAGAAGGAAGGUGGCCUGCCACGUCAUGUUGGUAAUAAGACAGAAUGUGCCUUGUUGGGAAUGGUAUUACAAAUGAAGAGAGAUUACCAGACAAUUCGUAAUGAAAUUCCAGAAGAGAAGCUUUUCAAAGUCUACACCUUCAACUCUACUCGAAAAUCUAUGAGUACAGUUCUGAAAAAUGAUGAUGGUAGUUUUCAAAUGUACAGCAAGGGUGCCUCUGAAAUUUUGCUUAAGAAGUGUUCCAAAAUUCUGAAAGCAAAUGGUGAAGCAAAGAUCUUCAAGGCAAAUGACCGUGAUGAUAUGUUAAGAAAUGUAAUAGAACCAAUGGCUUCUGAAGGAUUACGCACAAUCUGUUUAGCAUACAAGCAUUUUCCUGCCCAAUCUGAGCAACCAGACUGGAAUAAUGAAAAUGAGAUACUUGCUGGCCUUACCUGUCUUUCAGUUGUUGGUAUUGAGGAUCCAGUGAGACCAGAAGUUCCAGAUGCCAUUAAAAAAUGUCAACAUGCUGGUAUUACUGUGCGUAUGGUCACAGGUGACAAUAUUAACACAGCUCGUGCCAUUGCUGCAAAAUGUGGCAUUUUACUACCUGGCGAGGAUUUUCUGUGCUUGGAGGGUAAAGAAUUCAACAGGCUUAUUCGCAAUGCAAAAGGAGAGAUUGAGCAAGAACGUUUAGACAAGGUCUGGCCCAAGCUUCGUGUCCUAGCAAGAUCUUCACCCACUGAUAAGCACACUUUAGUAAAAGGAAUUAUUGAUAGCACAGUGACAGAGCGAAGGCAGGUGGUGGCAGUAACCGGUGAUGGCACAAAUGAUGGUCCUGCAUUGAAGAAGGCAGAUGUUGGAUUUGCCAUGGGUAUUGCUGGAACUGAUGUAGCCAAAGAAGCUUCUGACAUUAUUCUAACGGACGAUAACUUCUCAAGCAUUGUUAAAGCAGUUAUGUGGGGCAGGAAUGUAUACGAUAGUAUUUCAAAGUUUCUUCAGUUCCAGCUUACAGUCAAUGUUUCCGCAGUGAUUGUAGCGUUUACUGGUGCAUGCAUAACACAGGAUUCUCCUUUAAAGGCUGUGCAGAUGCUUUGGGUAAACUUGAUCAUGGACACAUUUGCAUCACUUGCCUUGGCGACUGAACCACCCACAGAAGCACUACUUUUGCGAAAACCUUACGGCAGAAAUAAACCUCUGAUUUCUCGCACCAUGAUGAAGAAUAUCUUGGGUCAUGCUGUGUACCAGCUUAUUAUAGUUUUUACACUCUUGUUUGUUGGUGACACUAUAUUUUCGGUAGACAGCGGACGAGAUGCUCCCCUCCAUGCUGCUCCUUCAGUACACUAUACAAUCAUAUUCAAUACAUUUGUGAUGAUGCAGUUGUUUAACGAAAUAAAUGCUCGCAAGAUUCAUGGUGAAAGAAAUGUUUUCCAUGGGAUCUUCAACAAUCCAAUAUUUUGUGCCAUUGUUUUUGGAACAUUCGUAAUUCAGGUCAUCAUUGUCCAAUUUGGUGGACAACCAUUUAGCUGUGCUCCACUAUCGAUUGAACUCUGGUUGUGGUGUGUUUUCCUGGGAUUAGGAUCUCUACUUUGGGGCCAGGUCAUUGCUUCAAUCCCAACAAGUCAGUUGAAGUUCCUCAAAGAAGCUGGUCUUGGUACAAAGAAGGAAGAGAUUCCAGAAGAAGAGCUGGAAGAGGAUAAUGACGAAAUUGAUCAUGCAGAGAGAGAAUUGCGUCAUGGUCAAAUAUUGUGGUUCAGGGGGUUGCACAGAAUACAGACUCAGAUGGAUGUAGUGAAUGCUUUCCAGAGUGGAACUUCCUUACAGGGAGCUCUAAGGCGACAAUCCUCCAUCAGCAGCCAGCACCAUGAUCUGAGAGUGGUGAAUGCAUUCCGUAGUUCCUUGUAUGAUGGAUCAAGAAAUCGAGACAGCCACAAUUCAAUUCACAACUUUAUGACCCAUCCAGAAUUUAGAAUAGAGGAUUCUGACUCUCACAUCCCUCUUAUUGAUGAGAUUGAUGCUGAAAAUGAACCACCAACAAAACGUAAUGGCUCGCCUCGAUUAACACACAACCAAAAUAACAAUGCUGUGGACAGUGCGAUCCAUCUUACAACAGACGCAAGCAAGUCUGCAAUCUCUUCAACUCCAGGGAGCCCUCUACAUAGUCUGGAAACGUCUCUCUGAGUGUAAAAGCUGAACAGAGGCACACUAGAUCUAGUGAGCUACAAGGGAAAAGUGGGUCCUUUAACACUGUGUGAUUGACAAGAUAUUCUUGUCUGGACUUCAGCAGAAGAAACACUGUGAGAAUGUAGAUACUUUGAAGCUUUCUGCCAGACUAAGGGUGCUUUUUCAAACUUCGAAGAUGGCACAGAAACCCUGUAUGAAAGUGACCUGCUUUGAGGAUUCAUUGUGUUACAGCAGAUGAAAGAUCAACUAUAAGAAUUGUCCUGAGCAGUGUGUUAGCAGAACAUUUAGUUUUCUUUAUUUCUGGAUGGUGUUUAUUUGGCCCUGGCUCAUUGAUACUUUAAUUUCUGCUACUUGGCUGUUAAUAUUUUGAAUUAUUUAUGUUCUAAAUGAUGCAGUUCUGUUUACAAGGUUUGUAGAUACUUUUAUUUGUAGGUAGAAAGCUUCCUGACACAUGAUGCAGAGAAACUAAUCCUUCAAAUACUACUGUAUUUUCAGGAAAAGGGUGUUUCUAUUGAAACUACUAAAUAUGCCUGUGAUUUACUUUGUUAAAUAUUGUAGAUAAACAGCUAAUACUUGUAGCCAAAUGGAUAACACUAUUAAAACAGCGCAGAAGUGUUGUGUAACAGUUCUGGCCUCUUUCCCAGUGAAGUCCCAAAACAUUUACAAAAAGUUUUCAAUGAUUGUUUCAGAAUCCAGUUUCUGAGAAAUGUACUACAUAAAGAAUUUUUUUCUUUACAAAUGAGUAAGGGUGAAAUGUUAAAUGUAAGUACAUCCAUGUAUAAUGAGAUGCUUCAGAGUAUUUAUCAACUCGGGCAUAAAAUGGAUUAAAUCAAAUCAUCAGAACCUCGUCCAUUUGUGUUUGUCUUAAGACAUUAGCUUAGAAUUGUCUUGGUCAAAUGUGAGUGGAACAGUGAAGUUUUCUCGUAAAGCUUUGGAAAAUAUUUCUUGCCGCAUGAGGGCUGUUGGCAUUUUGAAAACUGGGAUGUAGUAUAAAUGUGUUUUUUCCUGCUCUGCUUUAGUUUAAAAUCUUGUUUGUAAACUUAAAUAAAUAUCCUGUUCUACUUAA